UGCAUGCAGCAGGGUCUCAAAUAUUCAUGACAUAUUGGGCAGAUGUAUCAGCAUUGAUCUAAACUCAAUCAGGAGAAAGCCACCCAAAGUCUCGGGCUACGCCUCUGCUCUUCCUGGCCACGAAGCUACGACAUCCUUGAUCGCCUUGCGCCAUCACUGCUAACCCCAGGCCCACGUUUCUGCGCUGGACAUUGGGUCACUGGGGCUAUCCCCGGCUUGGGCUGGUUACCAAAGCAGCCUCGCCUUUUACCUAAUCCGAGGUACUACCGUUUUACCCUCCUACGCUUGGCCUCCAGGCCUGCAAUUCCACACAUCUAGUCCGGUGCGAUGCCCACCAAGCCAAAAAGAUCGAAAUCCCCGGACUCACAGUUCUUGUUUGUCAACGAAGAUGCUUCGACUGUCACGAGAGCUACAAAGGACACUGAACUCGACAGAACCAAACAAAGCCAUGUUCAACGCCAGAACUUCGCACGCAAACGUCGGCUUCGAGAGCAAUCCAUCUCGGGACCCUCGACAAGCACUCCCAGCUCUGUUUCUCCAAGCCCUGCGAUCGCAGAUCUUUCCACAGAAUCAACUUCAGUCUCUCAAGGAGGGCCAUCUCGUGGCAACGAUUAUAUCGAUGUUCUUCAGGGUAUAGACUUUGGCGAUGUCCAGUUUCAGGCGACCAGCCCGCCGGUAUUCACGCAGGAGUUGCUGGAUCCACGACUCUCGGCCAUGUUCUCGAACCCGUUUGCUACAGCAGCUUCACCACUCGCACUCUCUCCAAGGACGACCAGCAUGUUUGAGAGCUCUCACUCUUACCAGCCUGGUCACUACUUUGAUAUGGCCCCUCCGAAUUACAACCUCACCCCGCCGCCAAGAGAGCCAACGAACAUGCCUUCCCCUCCCAUACCACUGAGUCGAGAAUCCAGCCAGGUUGCGAAUACUCAACGGAUCCUGGAACUAUGGGCGCCACCUUUGAUCAGGCACUACAAUAUGGUAUCACUGCCAGAUAAGUUCUGGAGGGACAUUCGGAAAGUACCGAUGGGUCAAAUGCGGCACGCAUCAGCCAUUCACGCAGAUAUGCAAGCAUGCAUGUCAGAACCUGCCCAUAUGUAUGCCUUCCUCGCUGCAGCCGCGGUGCAGAUGCUCUGGCGAGAGGGUCGACUGUUACUUCCAAAUGUGUCGGAAGAAGACUAUCACAGGGUGCCGACCUUCUUCAAGACCAAAGCCAUCGAAGCGCUGCGCGCCAAACUCGCUGCUGGUCAAUUGGAUCAUCAUAUUGCCGUUGAUGUACAUCGGCUUUACUGUACUGGGCUUUUCGCGGAUAAUGCUGAAGUGGCGGAGCCUCAUUUUCAAGCCUUGCUUGCCAUGAUUGAAGCUUUGGGUGGCCUCAGCACAUUCGAUGACUAUCAGAUGGAGAAGCUCAUGAUCCUAGACAGCUUCGCUGCAUUGAUGUGGCAUGGAGUACCGCGAAUGAUUGUGACAUGGGACCCAGGUCAUUUCAUGGACGAGACACUGCGAAGUCUCGAUACAUGGGACCAACAGGACGCUCGGAUUGGCGAGAGGAUGGGGACCAUGAUUCGAACUCUCAAUGCUGACCAGACAACAAUGGAUACGCUCGGAGACCUGCUCGAGCUGCUAAAGGUGUCCGCGUACCUGCACGAUCUGCAACACUAUAUCCCAGAAUCCUACAAAUGGUUCGUCCGACGGGCGUUGGCCAUUUUACACCGCCUGCUUUCAAUACCCUUGCAUUCCGAACUCGACGAAAAAGUAGACAGCUUGAGGAUCGCUGCAACCUACUGGACGGGCAUGGUUAUAUCACCUCAGCUUGGUCGAAGAGCCGCCUCUAGAUCCACUCAUCUCCUUCGACAAAAGCUUGAGCUCACCGAUAUAGACUUCCUUUGGGCCCCACAUACAGAUUGUCUACUAUGGGUGGUGGUGUUGGGAGGCAUGUGCGCAGACAAGGACGACGAGCUGCAGUGGUACCUCGACAUUGCAAGAAAAGCAGCAAGGGAGCUUGGGUUGAGCAGUACGUCCGACAUGGAGGAGCUGUUCUCAGAGCUGCUUUUUGAUCCACCGUCCCAAAGAGGUUUGCUGUUGCAAUUCGGAGUAAGGAUGUGGCCUGUGGCAGAGUCAUGAGUUGGGAGACGACAGGGCUGUGAAGAUACGAAGGCCCACCAUCCAAAAUCGAAAGCACCUACCAGCUGUGGCAUCUUGCACAAGGGAUUGGUACCAGAGCGGGUUUCUCUGUGCACAGGUCAAACAUGCAGCAUUGGGUUCAGGCUGCGGGCCAGCAUUGUCGCCGGACGGCUACCCAUACAGCUGGCCUUCACGACGUCCUGUUGAC